AUGGGCUAGGCUCAAACAACUUAAAUACAUUCCUCUGAGAAAUAAUUGUAAAACCACAAAUCUACUCAAAAUUAAUAAAGUAAUCAAAGUCUUGAAAACUAAGAAUCUAACCAUACAUAUGAAGAAGAGUUAGACAAUAUUGACGAAGAAGAAAUAUAAAAUGCAGAAGAUAUAGAAAAUAUUUGGUUGACUAGGAUUUUUGAAAUCUUUACUAAUACCUAAUAGAUUUAUGGUAAGUAAGUAGAUUUUAUACCCAAAGAUUAGUAAAUAACAGUUGAUAUUUUAAUAGAAUAAGUAUGUUAUUAAUUCUUAACUUCCUCUUAAUUUACAGAGUAGGAAAAACUUUCAUUUCUUAUUAAAUCUUUAAUUUCUCUUUCAGAUUUCAAAGUUUAAAAUGGAUUAGUGAAAGUAGCUGAAGGUAAAAUCAAAAAAGACAAGUAUUUUCAAAUCUUGAAUCAUAUUUAAGAUUAGCUACUUACUUGUACAUUAUAUCCUAAUGCAUUUGAAUGGAAAAAUGUUGAUGAAGAUCCUAAUAUUUUUGAUGAUAUCAAAAACUACAGAGCAAACAUAAUUUUUAAUUCCCUCUUUUGUUCAGGUAGUUUAGAUAUAGCUGAAAAUGCUCUCAAAAAUUUAUUUGAUUAUUUGGAAAUAUCAGCAAGUGAAGAUGAUUCAUUUAAAUUUAUCGAACUCAUGUUGAAAAGAGAACUUAGAUUAUAUAAACGAUUAUCUUUCGAUAAUACCCAAUUAUAAUAACAUUCACUAAUUCUCAUGCAAAAUUUGGCAUAAUAUUAAAAACUUAUGAAUAAUUUAUUAUUGAAUAGUUGGGCUUUCGGAAAAUUUGAUUAAAUAAUUACAGGUAAUCAUUUUUAAUAAAGAACCUUACUUGGAGUUUUAUUAUCUUUAAGUACCUUCCCAACGGAUGGACAUUUUUGGUAAAAAUAUUUUACAGAUGACAAAAAAUAAAUAAAAGAUCAAAUGCAUAUUACAAGAACUAAAAUAUUUAAAAUUAUAGAAGAUUUAUGCGUUUUAUUUGAAACUAUUUAUAAUUCAAACGAAAAAAUUAGAUUGAAAUUGUUUGAAUUAUUUUAAAAAAUAAUCAAAUUGAACUUAAAUUUAGAAAAAUAAUUGAAUGUCGAACUUUUAAAAUAAUCAUCAACUCCCGGAUUAGUGUUUAAUUUUUUAUUCAUUCUUACAUAUCUAUUCAACUAAUUUAUAAAUUCAUAACCAAAAAUCUAAAAUAUUUUAAAGAAAAUAGAUUUAAAUGUAUUAAGUUAUUGUAAGAAACAUCCUUUCUUUUCAGUUUUAUAUUAAAAUGUUGAUGUAUUAGCACCUGAACUAACUCCAUAUAUUGAACAAGAAGAGUAUAAAACCGUGACUAACCCAAUUACAACCUUAUUUUUAUUAACUUAAAGGAUGACACAUGUUGUAGCUACUAUUUUAGGACAAUGUUACAUCUCUACAAUAUUAUAUGAGCUUAAAAAAAUACCUCCAGAAGCUGUUUAAGCUUACGCAGACAUUAAAAUCUUAAAAUAAAAGGCUUCUUAUGAUUUAUAAGUCUUACAUCCUAAAAGUAUUCAAUAUAAUAUGCAAUUUUUAAGUUUUGCCAAUCAACUAGCUUUAAGUUUAAUAGAUUAAAAUCUAAAUCCAAUAUAUCCUUAUGGAUUAUUACCAUCAAUAUUUUUAAUUGAUACUUAAAUAUUCUCUUCAAUUUAUUCCUAUAAUGAUGAAAUAAUAAACCAUUCACUAGAAUUAUAAAAAUGUUUGGAAUUUGCAGCAAUUUCAAUGAAUAAAAAAUUGAUUUCUAAUCCUCACCUCAGAUUUAGAAGUAUCAGUCUAUUUCAGAUUAUUGAUGAGAAAAAAAGUUCAAUUUUGUCAAGGGAAGUUCGAUAGAAUUGGAGUUAAUCAAUAUAAGUUAAUAUUUUAUUCUAUUCUAAAAAUCUUCAAACCUAUUUGAUUGAUGGUAUUCUUCAAUCUUUUAUAGACGCAGAAAAAGUGGCAGUAGAAAAUUAGAUCUUAUAAAAAUUAAACUUUAGAUUUAAAUUCUGCUUAGUUAUGAGGUAUCUCCUUUAAUAACAUAAAGAUCAUUAUGGAAAAUGUUUGUUUAAUGGAUUUAAUAAUAAAUAAGUGAAAUACUUAUAUUUUUCUAAUUAUUUUAUUAGCGAUUUGAUUUUUUUAACAGAAGCAUGCUUUAAAUCAAUUAAAAAUAUCAGAAAAUUUUCUAAAGAAUAAGCAUAAUUUUAACAAGGUCAUUAAUAUCAUAAAUAUUUGAAAGAGUUUUUAAUUAAAUCUCAAUAGUUCUAUGAAUAUUUAAGAACACUGGAGGCUUUGACUUCUGUUUAACCUGAAAUAUUUUUAAUGGACGAGAUCAGAGAGAAAUUAGCAAAUCAUUUAAACUAUAUUUUAGAUAAGAUCAAUGGUAAAAAAUCAAAAGAGUGUUAAGCAAAGAUUUUAAAAGAAAAAAACAUUGAUAUAUUAUUCAUCCUUGAGUUUUUAAUAAAAAUUUAUAUGAAUUUAAGCUAAAAUUAUCAAUUUUUAUCUGAUGUAGUUAAAGAUGAGAGGUAAAAUUGAUAUUUAUAAGAUAGAUGUUUUUCGAUUGAUUUAUUUAAAUAAACAUAAAAUAAGCUUAAAAAAACGAUUAACUGUGAAAAUAAAUAGAGUUUACUUUAAGAUUUGAUUAAUUAAUUAGAGGAAGAGGAUUAGAAAUAAAAAAUAAUAAAUGAAAAUUAAGAUAAAAUACCAGAGGAGUUUUUAGAUCCUUUAUGUUUUUCAUUAAUGAAAGAUCCAGUGAAACUUCCUCAUUCAAAUGUAUUAAUAAGAUAAAUAAUUAGAUGAUUCUGGAUAGGCUAACAAUUAAAAAGCAUCUUUUAAAUCAACAAAUCGAUCCUUUUGAUAGAACACCAUUAACAUUAGAAAUGGUGAUUGAGUAGCAAGAAUUGAAAUUAAAAAUAUAAUAGUACUUAGAAGCCAAUUUAGAAAAAUAAAAAAAUAAAUAGAAAUUUAUUUAAGAGUAGAAAUGA